AUGGAAGCUUUUGAUUUGGGUGCAGAUGAGCUCGCCGAGCAACUCGGCGAUUUCGAGCCUUUUGUGGCCGAUUAUAGUGGAAAGAAGCUCAACGAACUCCCAUCAGAUGUGCUCAUUCACAUUUUCAAAUUCGUUGGCACCAAAGAGCACAACCCAAAACCAGCGGCUUUUCAGCAGAAUUUCCCACCCCGCCGCCACCCGGAGCACACUGAUGAGCACGCCGUUCGAAAUUUGAUGUCGUUGAGAAGAGUCUGCAAGAGUUUUGAAGAUAUUAUCAAUAAUAAUAUGAUCCCUGGAGCACAUUAUGAUCAAUGUUUGAUUGAAAUCAAAAUUCAGGGUUCCCCAGACACCCGUGCUGUCACAAUGUUCAAAUAUGGAGGAACAGGAGCUCAAUACCCAGCUACCCGUCUUAACAGAAUCCGAAGAUUUAAUGAAUUCGAAUAUCUGCAUAUUCAAAAAUUCGAAAUUCUCAACAAACUCUACAUUUCGGAUAUUGUAUUGACUGAGGAGCUGUUUGAAACUAUUAAGAAACUGGAUUUGACAUCGACAAAAACGAUAUAUUUCGAGCGAAUUUUGGAUAUCAACUUUUCCGAAUCAAUCGAUAUUAUCAAUUAUAUCCAGGGUUUCUUGUGCUCAAUCGAUUCUCCGGCCAAUGUCUACUUCAAUUCUGAAGUUUUCGACCCAAAUGUCGUGCUUUUCGGUGUAAAUGGCCGUCAAAAUGAUGCUGAAAUGAACGAACUUCGUCUAUUGGGUUUGUUGGAUGAUGAAGACUCAGAUCACAUAGGUCAUAAGCAGAUUCGAAGGAAGCAAUUGACACAAGCGGAACGUCGUCAACGCCGCUUCAUCAAUGUUGUGAACAAUCUUGUGACUACGCCAGAAGACGCUGAAAAUGUGAAGAAAUAUAAUGUGGAAUCAAUUAAAAAACGCCGCAAAGCCAUGAAUUCUAUCAAAAAACGCGUGGAAAUUCGUACAAAAUCCCGUAGUAAAAGUGUCCAAAAGUCGACUCGCUGGCAUUUGAGAAAAGUAUUCGAUUUGAUUGGAAAAGAGCAGUGCCGAUCGAAAAAUGCAAUGAUUUAUCAUAUGAAAGCGUUGAAAAAGAUAACCGCCGGAGCCACCGCCGAUUCAUUCAUAACCGCCGCCGACGAGAUAUCAUCGAUGAUCAACGAGACUGCAGAACUCCGAAAAAGAGAGGAAUUUAUGAAGAAAUUCCCAUUUCUGUCAAAAUUCUCGUUGAAUUCCACUUUUUAUACUUGAAAAAACACGGAUUUUUCACUCAUUUUCCCCCUUAAAAUUACCCUUUUUCCUCUAAGUUAUUCAUUUUUCUCUCUCAAAAAUGCCCAUACCUUUCACCUGAAAAUCUCAUAAAUUUUGAGCUUUUUUAUCUGAAAAAACCGAAAAUUUGCCAUUUUUUCCCGAAAUUCUCAUUAAAAAAAUGGCAUUUUUCAGCCAAUUUUCGCCUAAAUUAUUCAUUUUUCUCUCUCAAAAAACACCCAUUUUCACUUAAAAAUCCAACUUUUAGCCGGAAAAUCCUCCCCUAUUUCUCUUUAAAAAUGCCCAUUUUCCCCGGAAAAUCGUAAUUUUUGGCUGAAAAAUUGGAAAUGAUGCCAAUUUUUGCUUAAAAUCUCUAUUUUUCAUCCAAAAAAAAAAUUCAAUUUUCGGGUAAUUUUCACUCUAAAAAGCAUUUUUUUUUUUUGGCACAAAAACGCCACUUUUUCAAUUAAAAUUUCGAUUUUCACCUGAUAUUCAAAUUUUUCGCUAAAAAUUAGAAUUUUUGUCCAAAAUGUCGCAUUUUUGCCAAUUUUCAUACCGAAAAAUCUGAAAUUUCGCAGUUUUUUGCCUGAAUUUUGCCUAAAAAUCCCAUUCUCCUCGAAUAUUUUCACCCAAAAUUUAAAAUUUUUUGGUAAUUUUCACCUAAAACUCGAAUUUUUCGUCCAAACAGUCGAAUUUUUGCCAAUUUUCUUCGAAAAAUUUCGAUUUUCGGCUGAAAUUUCACCCCAAAAAUCUCAAUUUUCUCGAAUUUUUUCAUAUGUUCAGCUGAAAAAUUCGAAAAUUUCCGCAUUUUUCACUCAAAUUUCGUCUAAAAAACCUCUUUUUCUCUUCAUUUUCCGACCCGAAACCUUUCUGAAAUUUCCCAAUUUUUCUCAACUUUCACCUCUGAAAUAUCCAUUUUUCCCCAUUUUCCACGUAAAUUUUGUUAAAAAUCACUGUUUUUUCACCUCAAAUUCGAAUUUUUGACUGAAAUUUUACACAAAACCCCCCAUUUUUGCUAAUUUUUUAGCUAAAAAUUUGAAUUUUUCACCCAAAAACCCCGAUUUUUUGGCGAUUUUCACCUCAAAAAUCAUAUAUUUUCAGCUGAAAAAUGUCAAAGUUUCCGAGUUUUUAACUCAAUUUCCACCAAAAAAUACCCAUUUUCUAGCUAAAAAUCACUGUUUUCUCACUGUUUUUCACCUAAAAUACCCAUUUUUCAUGUUUUUUUUUUUGUAAAAAUCUGCUUUUUCUCGCCUCCGGUACCAACCACUUUUCCCAAUGUUACGCGUAUUUUUUGUCAUCAAUUUCUCGAAUUUUCCCCAAUUUUUCACUGAAAAAUUCAAAUUUCCCGCA